CGCGGGGCGGGGAGCGGCGCCGGGCCGGCGGGGGGCGUGGUCUGACCGAGGGGCGUGGCCAAAUGGCGUGGUCGUGUGUGGGGGCGUGGUCUGCCCAGCGGGGGGCGUGGUCAGGAGGAGAGUGUCUGAAUGGGGGCGUGGUCGUGCGGGAGAGGGCGUGGCCAGACAGAACGGGCGUGAUUAACACGAGGGCGUGGUCAUACGGAGGGGGCGUGGUCUGGUUGACGGGGGCGUGGUGUCACGUGGCCCCGCCCCGGCCGGCAGCGCGCAGAGCGGCGGUUCGAGUCCCGGUCCGGCGCUGACCCGGCGGUGCCCCGCGGAGCGUGGAGGCCUCGAUGCGGAUCGGGAGCUGAGCGGGCAUGGAGCUGCGGGCGGCGGCGGCGCUGUGGGUGCUGUGCGGGUUCCUUCUGCAACCGGGCCGGGCCGAGCGGCCGCCGGGCUCCCACCUGGACGAGACGGCCAUCGCAGCAGAGUUCUGCCGCAUCGACAAGCCGCUGUGCCACGAUGAGGAUGAGCAGCUCAGCUUUGAGGCCGUCCGCAACAUCCACAAGCAGAUGGACGACGACGCCAACGGCAACGUGGACGUGGAGGAAAGCGAUGAGUUCUUGAGGGAGGACCUGAACUACCACGACCCCACCGUCAAGCACAGCACCUUCCAUGGUGAAGACAAACUCAUCAGCGUGGAGGAUCUUUGGAAGGCCUGGAAGACCUCUGAAGUGUACAACUGGACAGUUGACGAGGUGGUGCAGUGGCUCAUUACCUACGUGGAGCUGCCACAGUACGAGGAGACCUUCAGAAAGCUGCAGCUGAGCGGACACGCCAUGCCCAGAUUAGCAGUGAACAAUGCCACCAUGAUGGGGACUGUGCUGAAGAUGACAGACCGCAGCCAUAGGCAGAAGCUGCAGCUGAAGGCUUUGGACACUGUGCUCUUUGGUCCUCCUCUCUUGACACGACACAACCACCUGAAGGACUUCAUGCUAGUGGUGUCCAUCGUCAUCGGGGUGGGCGGCUGCUGGUUUGCCUACAUCCAGAACCGCUACUCCAAGGAGCACAUGAAGAAGAUGAUGAAGGACCUGGAGGGCCUUCACAGGGCUGAGCAGUCCCUCCACGACCUGCAGGAGAGGCUGCAGAAGGCCCAGGAAGAGCAUCGCUCCGUGGAGGUGGAAAAGGUGCACCUGGAGAAGAAGCUGCAGGAUGAGAUCAGCAUCGCCAAGCAGGAGGCGCAUCGGCUGCGAGAGCUGCGGGAGGGCACUGAGAAUGAGCUGAGCAGGCAGAAGUAUGCAGAGCAGGAGCUGGAGCAGGUCCGAAUGGCUCUGAAGAACGCCGAGAAGGAGCUGGAAUCGCACUGCAGCUGGGCUGCCCCCGAGGCCCUGCAGAAGUGGCUGCAGCUGACCCACGAGGUGGAGGUGCAGUACUACAACAUCAAGAAGCAGAACGCCGAAAAGCAGCUCCUGGUGGCCAAGGAAGGGGCUGAAAAAAUUAAGAAGAAGCGCAACACUCUGUUUGGAACAUUUCAUGUUGCUCACAGCUCGUCUCUAGAUGAUGUGGAUCAUAAAAUCUUAACUGCAAAGCAAGCACUGAGCGAGGUGACAGCGGCGCUGCGUGAGCGCCUGCAUCGCUGGCAGCAGAUCGAGCUGCUCUGCGGCUUCCAGAUCGUCAACAACCCCGGCAUCCACACCUUGGCAUCCGCCCUCAACAUCGACCCGGGUUGGAUGGGCACCCCAAGGCCCAACCCGUCCCACUUCAUCAUGACCGACGACGUGGACGACCUGGAUGAGGAGAUCGUGUCUCCCAUGUCCAUGCAAUACGCAGCCUGGCUCUUUGGGCGCAGGUUCAGCGAUCGCUCAUCUCUGUCCUCGGAGGAUCAGUCCCUGUGGAAAUACCCUGCUCCUGCUUUGCCCAGCACCGUUCGCCAGCGCCUGGUGGACCCCCAGCACGGCCACGGAUCUCAGAGGUUGGUAGAGAGUUACGUGCACAGCCAGCAUGAGCCGGGCCAGCCUGCCCAGCACCCGGCGGGCCGAAUGUCCCUCCGUCGAAUGCACAGCCUCUCCUCCGGACAGUCUUUCAGUUCUGACCUUCCUGGCACCGCUCCGUCAUCCACCACAGCCACCUCUUGCUCCUCAUCCGCCACUCCUGCACCUGCUUCCCAUGUCCACCCUCUCUAUCACCAUCACACCACCUCUUAUUUCCUUCAGAUGGACUCCAACCCCGAUCUGCCCCCUCCUGAUGUCACCUCUGGAGCUCGCUGUGGCACUGAGAGCUUUGGAGACCUGACGCGCUGCGACUCCGAGUCGUCCAUCCCGCACCUGAGCGAAGCCCAGCGCCUGCCCAGCGCCGCUCCCAAGCUGCUGGCCGCCCGGCCCGCUCUGCUCACCCGAUCCAUCGAGGAUGCCGGACCCGGGCACACCCCAAACGGAGGCAGCCGACACGCGGAGCCCCCCGGCCCGGAGCGACCGUCCGAGAGCCCCUCGGUGAUGAAGAAGAUGAUGAUGGUGAACCACGGCAUGGAGAAAUCCUCCAGCCUGGGGGAGAUCGGCCACCCGGCGGCCUCCAAGCACAGCCACUCGGAUUCCUCGCGGUCGCACAGCCCCAGCUCCACCGACCCCGACACCCCGUCCCCCAUCUCUGACUGCCGGCCCAACAGCUCCAAGAGCACCCGCAUCCCGCAGCUGGCUGCCAAGAAGGGCGCAGGGGAUGAGGACGGCAGCCUGACGGGCGACGAGAUCGACCCGGGCCAGAGCAAGAAAAAGUUCCCCCUAAAGAUCUUCAAGAAGCCCAGGAAAUAGAGGAGGAGGGCGGAGGAACCCCACGGAGCGACCCGCUGGCACCGGGGGAGCGCGCCCGGCCCCGGGCGUUGGGAACCGCGUCCCCGCGGCAAGAGGAGCUAUUUAAACUUAUUUAUUGGCCGGGCUGAGAAGCCAGAAGGCAUCUGCUCCCCCCGAAGGCGACAGCCGCCCUGUUUCACCCCCCCCCCUCCCUGUCGCUGUAGUCCCCGGCUUUGCUGUGCAUGGCUUCCAGUUAUCCGCCUCUGCUCGGCCACACGGCAUAUUUGGGUUUGGUUUCAAUGCGGUUUUAUUUGUAUUUUUCUAUUUUUUACCUUUUCUUUUUUCGGUUCUUCUGCCUCCGCCGCUCUGCGCACAGUCGGG